AUCCCCACGCUCUGCAGGCGGAAACAACAGCACUAGCAGACAAACACUUCAGCAAGUUCACAUCCGUUCAUAGUGCGAGGCAUGCAUGCUUGUGGGCACACUCACACAUUUAUGGACGCGGAUGAACGCAUAUAAUUCAAUAACACAUCACCAUCUUAAUGAUUGCGACAGGCUUCCUAAAACAGCAGCUGAACCAGAAACACCACAGGUUGUCGCUUGUUUGCACCUUACUGCAACGAAUGUUCUCAGACGAGCUUUGGCGAUCCCCACCCUGCCACCAACAGCUGCUCAAAGCGUUUGAUCCCACGCCAGACUCGAACUGGAUACUCAGCAGCUUCUAAGAACCGCCGGAACAACGCUUCGUAGCCUCUAGAAACACACUGGCAGACCGUGGGUGAGUUCUAGGCAGCUAAUCACUGUCGCUACUCCCCGAUCUCUACUUGUGUCGAGACUGGGCUUUCAGAACCCCACCUCCACCCCCACAAUCAUUAAGGUCACGCACGGGACUCGGGGCUCAGUGUCAGACAGGUAUCUCGUGCAGGGGGAGCGCCGAUGAGAAGGGUGAAGUAUUUUUUUGUUGUUGAUGUUUUUUCUUUCGUUUUUGGUUAUCAUCCUUCUGCUGGGCCGAAACAGCGGGAAGAACGCACAGUGCGAAUGAAAGAGAAAAUAAAAAUACAGGCCGGUCUAGGAAGGGUUCGUGCGGUUUACAUUUGUUCCAGGGUUUCGGAAGGGAUUCCAGGCUUAGGCCUUUGUGCCGUGCUCCUUGGCCACGCGGGAGCCCUGUAGCGGUUUUCAGAACAGAGCGAGGGUUUCAAGGUGGAUGUGUGUGACUCGUCUGUGACAGAGCGACACAGCUUGAAGGUGACAGAUGGCAGCAUAGCUGACAAUGUCACAUAACAUGACUGACUACUAUUGUAGUCAUGGAGCGAUGUCGAGACGUAGGGGUGGACCGCUACAGAUAAGCUGGUAUCCGGUGGCUAAUUUUUAACUGAACAGCAUUUACCUGCACAGGUGGAGUACUUCAGGGCGAGUACUGUCAUCAGGGUUGUUUGUACUUCAUCGUCGGGGUUUUUUGGUUUAUUUUUGUCUUUUUUAUUUUUUGUGUUUUUUUUGUGUGUUUAUUAUUUUUUUUUUCGAGUUUCGCGCAACUGUUCACGGAUUUCACGCUUCUAACAGGACCACACGUUGCUGUUGUCGUCAAUACAAAACCCCAGCUGAGAAGUUGUGCGAAACUUGAUCAUUACUAUUGCACCUCGAAAGAAAAUCAGAUUAAUUGCUGAAAUUAAUCGGAGACAGAAACAUGGUCACGCCACAGUGAAUUGCUUGGCAAGCUAAAAUUAGCGCCGUGAAGGUAACUGUUGAUGUCCUGAGUUAUGUCGCGCAGCAAGGUUGAUGUUCGCGAGUGACUUGGCAGAAAAGCAGUCCCACAAGUUUGGAUCGAGCAACGAUUAUUUGGGUCGGGUCGUCCCCUGCAAAGAUUCGGGCUCAACAAGUCAUCCAAAUCAUCGUAUGCUUUCACACCGCUGGAAUUUUCAGCUUCAGCAACUUUUCAAAAUAAAUAGUAAAAGCCCCCAACAGCUGACCGAUUUAUUAUCGUCAUCAUCACUCGCGAAAUUCGAAACCACAAGACUUUGUACAGCUGUUUUUUAGACUAUCAACAUCAGCAAUCUUGAGAAAGCCCCCCCCCACUGCAGACAUGAGCACGCGGGAUGUGAACUCACUUUCUAUUUGUUGAGGGUUAGCUGUGUGAACAAGUCAACGAUUGUCAACUAUUGAGGCUACAGCGCACGAGGAGCACUCGUGUCGAGUGCACACUUACUUUCAGUGUGCGACUAUCUACUUGGAUUCCGUGAAGAUAUUAUCUAAGGUGCAAAGACCUGGGCACGUGGGUUUGACACGAGGGAGUGUAUGUAUGUUGGGGGGAAGAGAACUACCCCACCCCACACCACUACCCCAUUCAAGGAAGGCGAGUGGUAAGCAUGGAUAUGUGUGGUGACGAUUUCCGCAAAACCACUUGAGCUGACGUUCACACAAAAGAAAGAAAAUAGAAGUUUCAGGCACAAGAAGCCGGGUGUCAGCCAGCAUUUCCCACAUGGCGAGGCGUAACGAAAGAAACGAAGCCGACAUUGAAGGUUUCGACAUCGCCGCUCGAGGCGGAGCUGAAAGUGGAGUUUUCGAUUUCGAGGCUAGAGAAGGAAAUAAAGGGGAAUCCCCGGGCCUGUCGCCACGCUCUGGUUGUCAGCCCGACACACAGACUGACAAAGUGCAGCACGCGCAAAGGACCGGACACCCUCCCAACUUCUGGGGAAAUGGCGGGAAGUCGAUCGACAACCUCUCUGUACAGAAACAAGAACACCCUGACACCAAAAUUACCGCCUUUCCCGUCGCGGAACAAGAAAAUCAGGCAGGGGACGCAGAUCACUACGCACUCGUCUUCGAUAGCGGUUUUUCUUGCCACUCGGCAACGGAACUUACCGAAUGCGCAUCACCCUGGCCAGAAGAGGGACAGCUCGUUGCCAGUUUUUCCGGCCGCAGUUCAUGGCACGCGACACCAUCAGAAAAUUCGGCGCCGCAAAAAGACCCGAACCGGCUGGAUUAUAAAGAGUGGCGAGACAGCGGGGCCUGUCAGACACAGUCCGACACCAUGGUUUACAGGUCCGACAUCAGCACCAGCAUCCCAGGGUGCGCCUGUGUGUGUGGUGACGCCGCAGGCACUCCGCACACCAUGGUCAGCGAGAAGGAGAGGAGAGGCGAGGAGAUGAAGAAGAAAGAUGAAAGCCAGGUCAUCGACGAUGACGACCGAUUUGACAGCGGCAUUUGCUCGGUGGACGAGUCCGCCUCGCCGGCGUCCAAGAUCUUUCAGAAUCAAGUUGUUUCUCUUCGGUCAGGCUUCAGCGAUCUUCGCCUCGCGUUGUCCAGGGACGGAGGGAAGGAGAAAAAUGUACACAGCUGUGAAGAUGAGGGAGUUACUUUCCCAAACCCUACUGCAUGUUCAGAAAGCGAAACCCUAAACAUAGAACACAUUCAUGGAAGUAUACUUGAAAGAAUUCAGGCGGUUUCUAGUGACAAAGGAAAUGGAAGCAGAAACACAAAAUACGAUCGCAGAGAUGAAACUGUCAUUCCUUGCUCAAAGACGGAGACGAAAAGUGACAGUGACUGCAGAGAAAGUUCAGAGAACUGUCCGUGUCCACAGCAUCCAGAUGCAGACACAACGCAACGAGAAAAAAUGACUGAAACUACUGCCGCCGACACUUGCUUGUACGCGGGCAAUGGAAGGCAUCGCGAAGGAAGUGACGUCACACGCGAUGUCGGACGGCCGGAAACUGCAGAAGAGCCAACGCAUCCCGAAUGGCAGGGUGGAAAGCAAACACCCGAGUGCGUGCAAAGGACAGAGCGGUCUCGGGUGGCAGGCAGCGACACGCCCAAGUUUCUCGCUGUUUUGAUGGGAAUCAGAGAUGAGGAUGGCGACACAUUCUUGCACAACGGAAUUGUUCACGGUCAGGCCGAGCUGGUUGUGUCGUUACUGCAUCAACUGGCCUGGAACCCUCCCUACCACACGGCCACCCAGGAGUUUCUUGACGCGUCCAACUACCUGUCCCAGACUGCCCUGCACCUGGCGGUCGUGACGUCCCAAUAUGACGUCAUCAAGGCGCUGGUGCUGGCCGGCGCUUCUCUGGAGGGGCGAGACCUUCAGGGGAACACGCCCCUGCACGUGGCCUGUGGGCGGGGCAACCUCCUAGCGGCGCUGAUGCUGGUGUCCCCUGCCACGCGCGAGGAGAGGGCAGGAGGAGAGGAGGGAGGGUCUGAGACCAUGGUGACGCAACGAGGCAUCUCCCGGAAUCUGCAACUACGGAACUACGAAGGUUUCACCUGCUUGCACCUGGCUGUGCAGGGCCACGAGUCUGCCCUCACUCUCCUCCUACUGGUCAUUGGAGCAGAUGUCAACGCACGUGACGCCAAGAGCGGCCGGACGGCCCUGCACCAUGCUGCUGACAGUGGCGACACUGCGCUUGUGCAGGUGCUCUUGAAGAGACCGGACGUUGACGUCAACCGGCGGUCUUUCAACGGCCACACACCGCUGACCAUUGCGUGGGGCAGGGGCCACACAAGUGUGGUACGACUUCUGUUGGCCGCAGGUGCCCAGUUCGAUGAUGAUGAUGAUGAUUUUGAAGACGACGAUGACGACGACGACGACGAGGAUGCUUUUGAUGAUGCCGACAGUGAGAUCGACGAAUGGGAACAGUUUGAAUCAGAAACAUCAAGUGGUUGGAUUUAGCUGAACUUACCUCCCUCCUCCCAAACAUCCCCCCUCCCACUGCGUGUACCACGAAGACGUCUAGGUCAGCCCCCGAGCUGUUGGCACUGCAGUGACAAACGUCUGUACUUGAUGCUGUGACGUUACAAACAGAGAUCGUGCCUUGUGACGUCAGAACAUCUUGAUGACGUCAGGGCGGCGCCCAAGGUUGACAGACGCCAGUGGUUUGGUGUCAUCCUCUUAAAACAUAUUCUGCGUUUUGCUGGAUGACACGAGACAAAGGUAGCAACUAUUUUCACAUGGAAAACGUCAGGAAGGAUCUUCUGUGUGUGUGUGUGUGCUGCGCGUGCCCAGGACAAAUAUCAGAUAUUAAAAAAACUUGUUUAACGAGUAUUGCACAAUGUAUAUUGAAUGUAGUCGCACUAUAUUCGCAAGUGUGGUUGCUAGGCAUACGAGUCUUAAUUUUGAAGUCUGUUAGCUAUGGUGGUGCGUGUUGAUUUAUGAGAAUCGGCAAGUAUCAUUGGAAAUGACUGACAGCAAAUCAAGACCUCGUCCCUGGCAUGACGCAUAUCUUGUAAUAUAUAUAAAAUGGUGGGACAGACAUAUUCUUUCUAAUAAAACUGGUUGGUUGCAUACCACUCUUUUCCCCAGUGA